UCCGCGGCUGAAAGUGGUUGUGCCUCAACACAUCGAAACUCCGAAGUUCAACAGCUGGUCUAGCAGCUUAAUAAACAAGUUUCCCCCCCCCCCCCCCGUUUUCCUGUCCGAACACUUUCGACGUAUAACCGCACAAAUUUUUCGAGCUAUCAGAUUCGAGCUCUGGAAAUGGCGAUUUCGUCGCCUCCAAUACUCUCACCACUACUUGUAAAUACAAAAUCAAAUUUUGGCUCAUUAUGUCCUUCAUCUCUUCCUGUCGUGGAUAUUUGCUCCAGACCCACUAAUAGGCUAUCAUCGGCUCUCGUCGUCGUAUGUUAUCAAUCGGGUAAUGGAUUGGCGAGUGAGGAGAAAAGAAUCUUACUUGAGCGGUAUGGCUACGAUGCCGACGAGUUCUUAUCUCAAGCUUCCCCUAAGUUCAAGAAGAAAAAGGAACAGCCAAAAACGCGGAGAGGGCAGCCCGACUCACCAGAGGACUCUAAGCCUGCGCGGACUACGCAUAAGUUGCUUCAGGUUAUUGGAGGAAAGGCUCGAAGAAAGAAGUUGCUUUCUCCAAAGGGCAUGGAUGUGCGGCCCAUGAUGGAAGUGGUUAAAGGUGCAGCCUUUGACAUAUUACAGGUGGCUGGUGGCUGUCCUGCAUCCUUGAGGCCAGGGCGCUGGUUAGACUUGUACAGUGGUACAGGUUCUGUUGGAAUUGAAGCACUCAGCCGAGGCUGUUCUGAGGUGCAUUUUGUUGAGAUGGAUCCUUGGGUUGUAUCAGAUGUUUUGCGUCCAAAUUUAGAGUGGACUGAAUUCCUUGAUGCUUCAGUCAUUCACACUGUACGUGUGGAAAAUUUCUUAGAACGUGCAGAGCAAUUUGUAGGUAACAACGGUCCUUUUGAUUACAUUAGUGUCACCCCUCCUUAUACACAAGUUGAUUAUGGGGUGCUGAUGAGGCAAAUUUCAGAAUCAGUCUUGAUUGGAGAAGACACUUUUAUUGUAGUUGAGUAUCCUUCAAGAACUGUCAUGCUGGAUUCCUGUGGAUGCCUCGUGAAGAUAACCGAUAGACGGUUCGGGCGGACCCUAUUGGCAAUUUAUGGACCAACAUGGGCCCAAAAGAAGAGCAGAUAAGAAUUUUACGUAAUGCGGGUGCUGUUAAUUUGCUGGGCAAUUGUUUCAUCAUGGUGGGUUCGACGAAAUUCAUGAUAUGGCAGUCUAAUAAUGGCCGAGCUACCGGUCUCGUGAUGUGGGCAGGGUUUCUGUUCAUGGUCCACUACAACACACCCAUCGUAGGUAGUAGGAAGAUUCAAUCCCUGCUAUGGUGAGUCUCACUUGAGUCAAAUCCGCGUUUCUGUUCAUGGUCCACUACAGCACACCUCUCUCUUUUUACUGUUGUUAAAUUUAUGAGAGAGUAUCCUGAUUUGUUACAAACUUUCAAUGAGGGUGGUUAUAAAUAUAAUAUGGAAUCCCAUGAGCUGAAAAUAUAAUUAAGUGCAGAGCAAGUUCUCCGGAAAUUUAGCAUCACAGUUUCUUCUCA